UGCAUCCGGGUAACGGCUCUCUUCUCCUGCAGAGCAUAAACAAAGUAAAUAAUCAUAACAAGUAGCGGGUUUUCAUCGUUUUUAACGGCUGUAGUCCUUAAUUACACUAAAGAUGAUUUAACUGGAUGUUUUUGUAAAGGCUUAUUUUUAAGAGAAUUGAGAAAUAUGGACACAGGAGGCUCAAAGAGAACGCGGUCCAGAGAGCUCCCUCCUCUUCCACAGCGAGGACCACGCACGCUUCCCACAAUGCCGAGUCAAGACACAGCUGUAGAAGCACCGGCACAGAAGCGUAGGAAGAAGAAAGUGAAAAAGGAGACGAAUGGAGUCGAUGAUAUUGACGAUCAUGGGAUGGCGAUGGGACGGAGGGAAUCUGAGAACGGAGAACAUCUACCCUUUGAAGAGACGACGGACUCAGCCCCCCAGAGGAGGAGGAAGAGAAAGAAAGCUCCUACUAUAGAUCUGGAUGAUGAUCAGGCGGACCUUGUGAACAGAGACGCAGCAGAUCAGACCACGGAUGGAGAGGAAGUGGGGAAACAAUCCAAGAAGAAAAAGAAGUCAAAAGUGGUCGAGUCUCCGUUCCCGGAUGAGUUCGACGUAGAAGAGGACGACAUCAUCUCUGACACCCCCCCUCCCAUCUUCCAGUACCCCCUGUUCGCGGCCCCGCAGGGUCAGAGCCAGCCGGUGGGGAAGGUGUUUGUGGAGAAGAACAAGCGGUUCCAGGCUGCAGAGCGCUCCGAUUGGAGGAAGACGAACAUCAAGACGGAGAACAUGACGGACUUCAACGUUCAGCCGCUCUGCUCCACCAGAGACGUUUCCCUGAGAGUGCACAGCGGCUUCAGGGUGUUCGGUCUGUACUGCCAUGGCUUCCUGGCGGGCUACGCCCUGUGGAACAUGGUGGUGGUGUACAUGUUGGCGGGGCAGCAGCUCACCGCUCUGUCCAACCUGCUGCAGCAGUACCACAGCCUGGCCUACCCCGCCCAGUCCCUGCUGUACCUGCUGCUGGCCGUCAGCACCGUGGCCGCCUUCGACAGAGUGAACCUGGCCAAAGGCUCUGUGGCUCUGCAGGAGUUCAUCACACUGAACCCCGUCGCUCUCGCCUCUUUCUUGUAUUUCUCGGCGCUGAUCCUCUCUCUGAGCCAGCAGAUGACCAGCGACCGCAUCAACCUGUACCCAGACUUCAACACUACUCUAUGGCCACCAGGGUUGGAGCACCAGAUUCUGCACCCCUGGGUGACGGUGAACCUGGUGGUGGCUCUGCUGGUGGGGCUGGCCUGGGUCUUCAUCGCCACACGACCAGAAACAGACUACACUCACGAUUAUCUGGACGCCAUGAGGAUCGAGCCUCCCAAACAAGAGGACAAAUCAGAAAUGACCGCCUGAGAAAAUAUAAUUCUGUACACUUCUUCUGAGGCGUAUUGUUGCCAUUUUGCACUGUAUUUUGCCACUGGUUUUAAAUGUGUUGUCGAUUAUUUUUUGUAUUUUUUAAAUGUGAUUGUGCUUGUUUCUUUAUAAAUAUUUCUCA